AUGGCGGAUAGAGUUACGGUCGCGGAGACGCUGGCGAAGUUACCGCAGAAGAAGUUCUACCGCUCUCGGGCACACUGCAACCCGCUGUCGCAUAACGACUGCUUUGACUAUCCACAGACUCCGGAGGACAUGGACUGGUCAAGCCACUACCCGGGCAUCGAACACCCGAGCGUGGACUUUUUGGAUGUCGGUUGCGGCUUUGGGGGUCUCACAGUGAAGCUCGCCGAGCUGUUUCCCGACAAGUUGACGCUGGCACUCGAGAUCCGUGCCAAAGUGACCGAGUACGUCCGUCUGCGUAUCGAGGCACUGCGAGUCGAGAAGUCGUGCCAGUUCCAGAACGUGUCGGUGCUGCGUACGAAUGCAAUGCGCUAUCUGCCGCAUUACUUUCGGAAGGGACAACUUAGCAAACUGUUCUUUUGCUUCCCGGACCCGCAGUUCAAGACGCGGCUGCAUCGCCGCCGUAUUGUGCACACGCCGCUGCUUGCAGAAUAUGCAUUCCUGUUGGCUCCUGGUGGGAUCUUGUACACCAUCACGGAUGUGGAAGAACUACACGAGUGGCACGUAGACAAGUGCUCGAGUCACCCGUGUUUCACCCGUAUCCCGGACUGUGAAUUGGAGUCCGAUCCGUGCGUGAAAGCCAUGACAGAAGAGACGGAGGAAGGCAAGAAGGUCGCUCGUGGUGGCGGCAAAAAGUAUGUGGCCGUGUUUCGACGGAAGGCCAACGAAGAUGUUGCGGUCGACAAUCUCUUUUGGUUCUAA